GCUCGAAUGGGACGUUAGCAACGGGAGCAAAACAAAGGGUGGGAACUGAGGGAGGGGAUGAAGUGAGGUGAGCGGGGGUGUUAAAGAAACUGCACUGAACACUGCCCAUCGACAGCAUUAGAGUUGGUGGUCGCUUCCCCCUCCUUCCCCGCAGUGUGACCGCGACUGGCGACUGCGCAGUUGGGUUUGGGCCAUUGGCGAUGGUUGGUGGCUCUUCAGUCGCUGAGAGCGCAGUGAAGCGGGUGGUGCUGCAGCCCUGACCGGAAAAGGAAAUGUUGGAAGGCAGAAAAAACAGCUGAUUGUUGGUCACCUAUUUGUUCUUUUGGGAAAUAGAAAACACAACUCAAAGCCAUGAUGAUAAGAUGAGCUCCACCAGUAAACACUUUCUGUCUGGGGAGGAUAAAGGUGCUUUAGGACAGGAUGAACAAACGGAAUGGCAGAUCUUAAAUGGCCUUCUUCAGCGCCAUGGAUUCAAACCAAUCCAGCUUGUGGAUCCACUAAUGAGCAAACAAAAUGAUGUGAUCCUUCUAGAUAAAGAGUCAGCUGUGGAAAUCAGAGAGGUAGUGAAGUCUCUUAUAAAUGAUACUGAGCGACGUCAGGCAUUGAUCUGGGAUCUUGUCCAGUGUAAUAAGGAAUUGAAGAAUGACCUAAGUCGGUGGCAGAGCAGAGCUUUUCUGAAAAAACAGUGUACGUCAGACCUGGAGCAAGUCCUCGACCCCAUUAAAUCGGAGAUUCAUGAGGUACAGAGUGACAAAUUUGUGAAGUGCUGGGAACACCAAAGUCAAAUUGAACAACUGAAGCAGGAUAAUCAAGAUAUGCAGGUAUAUUGUCAUGAAUUGGAACAGAAGUUGUAUAAGCAAGAGAAGACCAUUGUGCGAUUGCAGAAAAAGUUGUACAUGGUUGUGACUGAACAAGAAAAAUGCAUUGAAAGAUACAAGUUUCAUAAGCAAACCACCAGAACACAUACCAGGUCCAACAAAGAGUGGCCUGAAGCAGUCGAUACCUAUGAAACCCAAAUUCACUGUUUACAACAGGAGUUGAGAACCCAGAAAAAGACUGAAGAUGUUCCCAGUGUCUGGAAAACAGAAUUUACAAACAGUAGGUACUCAAUUCCACGUGAAGUUCCAGAAGACAGCAAAUUGGAAAAGGCCUGUGAAGAACAUUUACUGGAAACGAGGUCCAAAAAUCACCAUAGUUUGCAGAACAAUCAAAAUCGUAAACAAGUAAUGAAAAACAGCUUUUCAAACCGUGGCAGCUAUGUGAGCAAAGAACUCAAUAGCACUAAAGUAGAAGAUAUAGACUGCAUGCCAGAAGUCACUUGUAAAGAGCUGUUAAAGAUUACUUGCAAGGAAAUGGGAAUCACUGCUGUAAAAGAUCUUCUACCAGCACUCAGUGAGAGGUAUAGAUUAGCAUCUGAUCAUCCCAGACUGCAGAAGGGAUAUAAAAGUGCUUCAUUCUCCCUGGAGGCCAUUGUGUCUCAUUUCCAGAAACUCUUUGAUGUGAGUUCUCUCAGUGGAGUCUAUCCACGAAUGAAUGAAGUAUACUGUAAACUUGGUGAACUGAACAAUGCUAUGAGAAAUAUUCGAGAAAUCUUGGAAUUAGAUGAAUCUACUCCUGUUAAUGUGUUAGUGGAUAUGAUUGGAAAACUUUGCAGCUCUGUCACUGCUGACACAUACAGACAAGUGCAGCAACUCCUGGGCACUGAGGACAUAGACAGCAUAAUCAAUAUAUUAGAAGAGCAUGCAGAAUUCUUUCCAGCAUUCUACACACUUUUUCAGGAUUUACUGCAGAUAUUGGAGGUAGACAGUAUAGAUCAUGUUUUACCAGCAAUCCACGCUAUAAAGCUACAAACUAGAAAACAGAUUUAAAUUCAAGCAUUUCUAAUUGUUUAUUUUUACAAUCCUAUUUAUAAUCUGAAUGAAUCUCUAUUUUUG